AUGAGUGAUGAACUAGUACUGCUAGAUGCUCAGUGUGCUUUCAUUUUGGGACAACAUCAACUGGCUCUUAAAACAAUUCAAAAGUUGAAGUCGGGUUCUUCAGACGUAGAAUUGCAGGCUAAUGUGCUUACUUAUCAAGUAUACAUAGCUCAAAAAAAGUAUGGAGUUGUGCUCGAUGAAAUUCCUGAGGACGCUAACGAGCCAGAGCUAAAGCUUCUUAGGCUCUUGGCCACAUACCUUUCGAAAGGUGUAUCUGAGGACGCUGUGGUAAAACAGCUUGACAGAAUACUGGAACAACAUAUGGAUUUAAGCCAAAGUGCGAUUGUCAUUGCAGCAACUAUAUAUCUUCAUUUAAAUAUGGUGGAAUAUGCUUUGAAAACCUUAAAUAAUGGUAGCGACACGUACUGCAACGCUUUAACAGUUCAGUGUCUACUUCACAUGAAUCGUUGUGAUCUUGCUGGCAAGGCUGUUCGACGUAUGCAAACUGCAGAUGAAGAUUCUUUAGCAGCACAACUUGCCGCAGCUUUAUACUACGUGAAAAAAGGCGGUGAUCAGCUACAAGAAGCCAUUCACAUAUAUGAAGAACUUAAAGAAAAACAUGGACCUUCAACUUUACUGUUAAAUGGUCAGGCUGCAGCUUUGAUGGGUAUGAAUAAUUGGGUUGAAGCGGAACCAGUCCUUCAAGAAGCUAUUGAUUUGGAUGGUAAUAAUCCUGAUACAAUUGUAAAUAUGAUUGUGGUUUAUCAUCAUUUAGGAAAACCGACUGAGACUAUCAACAGACUAAUAUCUCAACUACGGGAUUGUUGUAGGGAUCAUCCAUUCCUUGUAGAUUAUGCAGAGAAGGAGGAUGAAUUUACACGUUGUGCAAAACAUUACGCUCCAAGUGUACCAGGAUAA